CCGGUGUCUAUUGUGCCAUAGUACAUGCUUAGCAAUGAAGGGAUAAAGAGGGAAGCUGAGCAGGGAGAGCAGGGCGAGUGCGAUUUCUUUUAUAGCAGGUGUGUUCCAUCUCCUGAGGUAGGCCUGGUUCUAGAUGGGAUGGACGACAAGCAGUCUUGCUACUAGAAGCUCGUCCUUCAACCUAUUCGCCGAAAUACAUCAAUAACACAGCAUAUUAAAGGGGCCUGCAAAAAAAAUAAAGGAAAAGUAAAAGGAAAGAAACAGCAAAGAAGAAAAGAGUGGGGAGAUCUUGGUUCUACAAAUACGACUUAUCGAGCAAAUCAUCCACGGGGGCCAAGGGGGCAAGUAGAAGCUCUCCAACAACUGGCUCAGCUCGCGCAGGCUAUUCAACUAGACCAAUCUCCUCUGCGGGGAAACAAAGAUAGGCAGAAUGGCAUCUCCAGAAGGAGUGCUGAAUGGCUCCUCCUUGUCGGAUAUACAGGCGGACGACAAAACGUUGGUGACAAAGCCGGAAGACCAGUUUGGCAACAGCGACAGCAACAGCAACAGCGAUGCUGAGAAGGGGCAGGUUUCGCAGGAAGUUCUCGACUGGGACAAUGACCCUCAUAAUCCGUAUAACUGGCCUGCGUGGAGGAAAGGGUUGAUGGUGUUUACUAUAUCUACAAUGGGUCUCACAAUAUCAAUAGCCACAUCCAUCUCCAGUUCCUCUGUCGGCCUUCUACAAGAGGAAUUUGGUGUAAGCCGAACCGUCGCCUUACUGCCUCUUACUCUCUACGUCGUCGCCCUUGGCCUUGGCCCCGUAAUUGGUGGCCCCCUUUCCGAAACGAUUGGUCGCUAUCCUGUUAUCAUGGGAGGCAUGCUUCUCGGCUCUUUCUUCACCAUUGGAGCAGGAUUUGUCCACAACUUUGGCGCCUUGUGCUUCUUCCGUUUCCUUACCGGGUUCUUAUGGGCUCCUGUGCUGGCCAAUGCCCCUGGAUCGCUUUCAGAGACGUUUUUGCCAAAGACAAGAGGGCCUGUGAGUGCCAUGUUCAUCCUCACUCCAUUCUUAGGACCUGGCCUAGGACCGGUUAUUGGCUCCUUUGUUUCUGUCGACAAGGGCUGGCGUUGGACCGAAUGGACAAUGCUCUUCUUCGCCGCCUUCGCCAUCACCUUGGGCUGCUUCAUUGGAGAAACUUUCCACCCCAUUCUCAAGCGCCGUCUGGCUAAGAAGCGUGGCCUUGAGGUACCUCCACUUCCUCCCGUGAGCGAGCGCAUCAAGACCUUCGCCGUAGUGGCCGCUGUUCGGCCUCUCCUUAUGCUUUUUACCGAGCCUAUCGUUUCGUUCAUCUGCCUCUACGUCGCCAUAAACUUUGGUACCCUUUUCAGCUUCUUUGGUGGCGUUCCCUACUCCUUUGGUAUGGUAUAUCACUUUGAUACUGAACAGUCCGGCUUGGUUUUCCUAGCUAUUGUCAUUGGUUGUUUCCUCGGCCUUGCCACCAUCAUGGCCUGCGAAAUCUUCUUCUACCGAAAGCAAGUUCCCAACUACCCUCCUAACAAAAUUCCUCCGGAGCACCGGCUUUAUCCCGCCAUGAUGGGCUGCUUUGGACUGCCCAUUGGUCUCUUCUGGUUCGCUUGGACCGCGCGAAAGGACAUCUCCUGGGCAAGCCCUGCAGUAGCCAUCAUUCCUUUUGCUUGGGGCAACUUGUGCGUCUUUGUUAGCACUAUCCAAUACAUUUCCGACACGUAUACCGGCAACGUUGUCGCGAGUGCUUCUAGUGCCAAUAGUUUGGCGCGAUAUGGUUUCGCAGGAGUGUUUCCUCUUUUCACCAUCCAAAUGUAUGAAGGCCUUGGAAUUCACUGGGCUACCAGUUUGCUAGGAUUCAUUGCUCUAGCUUUGAUUCCAAUUCCCUUUGUUCUUUACAGAUUCGGUCCUACUAUCCGGGCGAAAAGCAAGUUUGAGACUCACAAGUACGACUAAAAUAACGACCACCGACGAAGACGACUGUAGUGUCUCUACUAAUAAUGGCCCUUUCCCUUUUAUUUCCCUCUACCCUCAUUCAUUUCUGGGUAUUCAUUGCAUCUAGACAAAUAAUAAGCAUCUGAAGUGGCAUUUAACUGAUAAGAUCUGUGGUAAUAUGGGACGCAUAAAUAGCAUUUAGAUCAUCAUGAGUAGAUUAAUAGACCGAGGCAAAAAGAAUUGUAAAUAUUACG